GAAAAUUAGAUAUUGGAACAAGGCCUUGGAAAGUUUGAAUUGUUUUAUACAGGUAGGUUUAUUUCUAAUUGUUUCCUUAAAGUAGGGUCGUCUUAAUUGAUCUUUCGAGCACAUGAAAUAAAUGAGUAUAAAGUUUCAUUUUUUACAAGUUUUUUGUUUAUAUGUCUUGGGAAGUAUUUAGCUCGUUAAGUAAUAUAGGUUACACGAGAAAGAGAGAAGAUAUAGUGUGCACUUGCGCAAUGGACAGCCACCAUGAAUCAAUACGCGGGUGGCGGACGGCGCCGCACUGCAGACUCGCGACGGUGUCAACCCGGUCCGUAUCGCUGCGGCCAAUCUCCCAAAUCGCGCUUUUUCUCGCUUUCUCCACCAGUGCUGAGCUUUUAUAAUCCAGAAUGUCUAAGCCUCCCGAGGUGUAUAAGUUAACCCCUGUUCCGCGGAAGUGGAGGAGUUCCGCUCCUAUGGAGCAGGACCAGUAUCAAAAUCAAAUCGGGACAUCUUACUCAACCUGGAUCCGUAAUGACAUCCCGUCUAUUUACUGCGCAUGCAGUAACUGUAAGAAGUACUAUGAAACUAGGCCGAUAACCAAUUUGCCCGAGCAGGCACCAGAAUUUCGGCCUCGGUUCGGCUAUAUACAUUUAGUGAGCAGUAUGCGUGAAGCCGCUGCACGGCGCGAACAAGAAAAUAAUGCCAAGGAAGAGAUGGCACAGGAGGCAGUGCGUCGCGAGGCUGAAAAAUCUCGCCUGCUGGCGAGCCGUGAUCGUGAUGCCAUUAUGCAGGAUGCUGAGGACCCCCAGGCCAAGCGUCGUAAGCUGUAAAGGCACUGCAGCUUCCAUGUGACAU